AUGAGCGUGCCCCCUUCCAGGGGCUGCCUCCUGGACCUGCCCUGGGAGGACAUCCUGGUGCCGCACGUCCUGUGCCACCUGCCGCUGCCGCAGCUCCUGCGCCUGCAGAGGGUCAGCAAGGCGUUCCAGUCCCUYGUCCAGCUGUUCCUGGCCAACAUGCGCUGCUUUGACUCCAGCAAGAUUGGACCUGCCAUCCCUAGAGCCGCUUUCGUUAACCUGAUGAAGGACAACGAAGUUUUGCAUCAGCUGGUGCUCCAGAACUGCUCCGACUGGCUCACGGACCGGGAGCUGCUGCCCGUCAUCGGGCAGAACCACCACCUGCAGCAGAUCCAGCUGAAGGGCUGCGCCCAGCUGAGCCGCCACGCGCUCGUGGCCAUCUCGCUGAGCUGCCCCAACCUGCGCCGCCUCUCGCUGGCUCACUGCGAGUGGGUGGACAGCCUGUCCCUGCGCAGCCUCGCUGACCACUGCAAGGCGCUCGAGGCCGUGGACCUGACGGCCUGUCGCCAGCUGAAGGACGAAGCCAUCUGCUACCUGGCGCAGAAGUGYGGCAAGCUCAAGUCUGUCUCGCUGGCCGUCAACGCCAACGUGGGCGACGGGGCAGUGGAGGAGAUCGCCAAGUGCUGCCCUGAGCUGGAGCACCUGGACCUCACGGGGUGUCUGCGAGUCAAAAAUGACUCUAUCAGAGUCCUGGCCGAGUACUGUCCCAAGCUGCGCUCGCUGAAGGUGAAGCACUGCCACAACGUGGCCGAGUCCAGCCUGAGCAUCCUGCGAGGCCGUGGAGUGGAGCUGGAUGUGGAGCCUCCGCUGCAGAGGGCCCUGGUUCUCCUGCAGGACGUGGUUGGCUUUGCCCCUUUCAUUAACCUCCAGAUCUAGAACUGCUGCUGCUGGGGAGGGGGGAUGGAUUCGAUGCUGGGAUCCCAGGAGGAUGCCAGAGCCCGUUGCUGCUGAGACCCGCAGAGAGAGGCUGGUCCCGUUGGUGAGGCCGGCCUGAGUGGGGCUCGCUCUCCUCUCUGGGCUGUUUAGCAGCCACUGGGGUUGGUGAGCGCGCCCUGAUGGUGUCUCCUGUGAAUGUCACUCGCUCUGCAGUAACACGCAGAGAGGAGGGACUCGCAGGAACACCAUGGUGCUGAACAGGCCUCGGCCAGACCAGCCAACAGACAAGACUCAUUUGUUGUAUUUUAACACUCUACAUGGCAGCUGUCCAGAGAGCAGCAGAGUGUUUGAUGGGGACUGUGGCCGCUGUCCCCUAGGGCGGGUAUGCAGGGCAUGCCCAAGAACUGCUGGGAACAAGCUAGGCCAGCUGGAGCAGAAGGGAGAAGCUGCCAGCCCUCCUCUUGGGGAGGGCAGGUGCCUCUGAGCUCGGGCAGGGUGCGUGUGUCUGGCCUCGCUGCCUGCCUGGGUGCUGGUGCAGGCCAGUGCAAUGGGGAAGCUGCACCCUGGUGCUCUGGGGCAACGGGCGCCUGCUGCAGCUUCACUAGAGGAAAGGCACCAAAUAAGCAGCAGCCACGAGCUGCUUUCAAUUUCUUCUAGAUUCUAAUUUGUACUUUGGUAGUGCCCAGGCCUACUGGAACUCCAUCCUGCUCCCYGUCACAAGACUGUGGCUAUCAGACUCAACAGGGGUGAGAGAAAUAGCAGGGGUCCUGGCUGUGUUUCCAAUUGGAUUAUGGAGUGCUGCAAACCGCACUGGCAGGGGGUGGCCCAGCUCUGGUCUGGAAUCCAGUUUCCAUCCUUAUAUCCCCCAGGUAGUUAACCAAACAGCAACCACCUCUUGUGGUGAUCAGGAUGGAGAUAGUGGUCAGAGAGGGCGGCCCYGCUCCCAUCCUUGGCCCAGAAGGGCUUGGAGGCAAUGUCUGUAAAGCCCUCUC